AUGGUGAAGCCAGAGAGGAAGAUAGUGAUGAAGAAGAAGAAACGACCAUCACGACCAUCACGAUUCUCUAACUCCACAGAUCGAUCUCGACCCGCUGCUAAUUUCGAAAAGCUACGAGACGAUCUCUUCCUCGAAGCGGCGAAGCUUGUAACGGAGAAUCCUUCCCACAGAAUCGCGAUCAUCAUCGCUCCUCGUGCCUCCGAACCUAACGGCGCUAUGCAAUCGUUCGGUCAUCCGUCUGCGGAAAGCGUGGUUCGGAAGUUUCUCAAGGAUUCUGCUCCUCCUGAGAAGGUCGUUGAUGAUGAGGAGGAGGAGGAGGAGGAGGAUGAGGAUUGGUCGAAGUAUUACUGGUGGGAGGAUGAGAAGUUAGUUAACUCGAAGGAUCCGGUGGAGAUUAUGGCGGCGAUGGAGGAGAUGAAGAAACUGCAGAAGCAGCUUGAGGUUUUUAAAUCUAGCUAUUUCGGAGGGAGUGGGAGAGGUGAAGGCUCUGGGACUAAGGAUGAUGAGUCUAAACCCUAAUCCGAGAUGGAUUGAAUGUUCAAAUCAAGUCUUCAUAUCCAGCGACGUCGUUUUAGGUUUUAAUUAUAAGGGGAAAGUUAUGUGAUAAGUUGCUAAUUUCGAGUUAAAGACUAUGUUUUACUUUUGGUUAUCUGUAUGGCUUCUCUUUUGGUAGUGGUACUUAUUAAAGCAUCAAUGGGUGUUAUGACUUGACUUCCUUGCGGUUCUUUAUAUAUGCAUAAGAAGAUGG